GUGUUGUUGUGUAGCUAAAGUUGCUGGUUUGAUGGCGGGUUGUGGUGCUUUAGGGCAACGUGUGAAUGUCUGUGGUGAAAAGGUGUUGGGUUGAGCCCCAGAGAGAGAUUAGCAACGAGCAGAAAGUGCUGCUGAAGAAAGAUUGACGGAGUUGAAAGAAGUCUUGGUGGAGCCGGAGGAAGAGAUGGAGGAUGAGCGCAGACUGCUGGAUUUCAGCCGGAUCCCCCUGAUAAUCUUACAGCGAAUAGAUACCAUAGGAUAUUGUGUCUCUACAGACGACGGGGUCCACACAGAGCUCAGCGACCAAGAUGGAAACUCCACUUUCAAUGAAGAAAAUCCAGAACAUCAACAGGAGAAAGAGGAAGAAGAACAUCAACAGUGUAAAGAGGAAGAGAGGCAAAUCUGCAUCAGUCAGGCUGAAAAGCAACUAGUGCUGAAACAGGAGACUGAUAACAUUUUAAUAAUUCCUUCUAAUGCACAAAGAAUCCAGACGGAAACAGAACCAAACAGGAACCAACUCGUUUCUCAAGCCUCCCCAGAAUUUAAGAAUGAGGAUCAGGAAGGAAACUUUGAGGAACCAGAAAAAAAGAGAGAAGAGCAGAAGGAACAUGAGGAAUAUGAGAAAACCAAACUGCAGAAAGGAACUGCUGACAUUUCAAGACAAAAAAGUAACAAGAAAACUCCCCCUGACCAAAAUAUAUAUUCAUCUAAAAUUGGUUAUAAAAACUUUUCUCAAAAAAAUCACUUGAAUCCACACAACAGAACUGACAAGAUUAAGAAGUCUUUCUUGUGUAUAAACUGUGGGAAAAAGUUCCCCUAUAGAAGCAGUUUAAAUGUCCACAUAAAAAGUCACACAGGUGAGAAGCCUUUCACCUGCAUAACCUGUGGAAAGAGUUUUAGUCAACAAAGCUAUUUAAAUAUUCACAUGAGAAUUCACACAGGUGAGAAGCCUUUCUUGUGUGUGACCUGUGGAAAAGGUUUUAGUCAAAAAAGCAUAUUAAAAAGUCACCUGAUAGUUCACACAGGUGAGAAGCCUUUCUCGUGUGUGACUUGUGGAAAAGGUUUUAUUCGAAAAAGCACAUUAGAAAUUCAUUUGAGAACUCACACAGGUGAGAAGCCUCUCACAUGUGUGAAGUGUGGAAAAGGUUUUGUUGGAACAGGCAGUUUAAAAGCUCAUAUGAGAACUCACACGGAAGAGAAACCUUUCAUGUGUGUGACCUGUGGAAAGAGUUACAGUGAUAGAAAAGGUUUAACCUAUCACAUUAAAACUCACACAGGUGAGAAGCCUUUCGUAUGUGUCACCUGUGGAAAAA